CUGAGGGGUGGCUGGUAAGUCCCGUGAUAGUGGCUGUGGUGGCUCGUGAGGAAAGCGCGACCAGCGCGUGGGGUCGUUACUCGUUGCCUUGGCCGCCCCGCGCUGAUGAGCGCCCCUCCAACACCUUACAAUCUCUCCGCCUCACAGUCAAGCGACCGAGUUUAUUAUCCUUCACUUACCGAGUCCAUACAUUUACACGCCGUCAUGGCCUACAACUUCGUGCGCUCGUAUAUCGACACGUUCCGGGAGCGAACCGCCGCCAUCAGCCACACAUCCACCUUUCGCGAAACCGGUCAGAUCACACCAGAGGAGUUCGUCCUCGCCGGCGAUUUUCUCGUCUUCAAGUUUCCCUCAUGGCAAUGGGCCGAUGCAUCAUCUCCUUCGAAACGCGUCCCAUAUCUGCCUGAAGGAAAGCAGUUCCUUGUCACUCGAGGAGUGCCCUGCAACCGCCGCCUUGACGACAACUUCGCUGGAGAGGCCGGCCAGGACGAGACGUUGGUACGCGACGGCUUCGCCGCUGGCGAUGCCGACGAUGACGGCUGGCUGAGGACCGGUGGCAUGAACGCGAGCCAGGAAGCAAAGGUGCGGGACGUGCAGACCGUGGACGAAAGCGGGAACCUGGGAGCUGCGGACGAUGAAGACGAGAUCCCAGACAUGGAGGAUGAGGAAGACGAUGACGAGGCAAUCAUAAGGGAGCCUCAGGGCGGUUCAGGCGCGUCAGGACCAGCACGCACGUACACACUCUACAUCUGCUAUUCCGCCCACUACCGCACACCCCGCCUGUAUCUCUCCGGAUAUGGCUCAACUUCGGUACCGCUCAAUCCCCAUGAAAUGAUGGAAGACAUCGUUGGCGACUACAAAGACAAGACCGUCACGAUCGAAGACUUCCCGUUCUUUGAGCACGCAGUGAAGACAGCAUCGGUCCAUCCCUGCAAACACGCCUCGGUCAUGAAGGUGUUGCUCGACCGUGCAGAUGCUGCCUUGAAGCUGCGGCUGGCUAAGCUCAAGGCAGGCAAAGAUGUCGGCAAAGUCGAUAGCGGCAUGGAAGGCCUGGUGGACGACACUAAGCUGCUGAAGCUCACUGAGCAGUCGAAGAGCAAAGCUGGCGAGGACAGUAAAGAAAAAGGAGAUGACUGGGAGGUCUUGAGCGAAGGCGAGGAGGACGAGGUCGCUAUUCGCGUCGAUCAGUAUCUCGUGGUCUUCCUCAAGUUCAUGGCAAGCGUGACGCCGGGUAUUGAGCAUGACUUCACGAUGGGUGUAUAGUCGCCGCUUUCCUUUGCUUCAUCUCAGCUUUUGUCAAUAUCGGUUCAGCAUUCACGUGGCGGCAUAUGGGCGGUGUUCCUUGGCACAGGCGUUGGGUAUUUCGGGCAGUUUGUGGCAUAUAAGUUUCGGAGGGAUAUGACUGGCACAGGAUGGCGGAUGUUUGGGUUAACAUGGUCGUCCUAGCGAGAAUCUAACAUUCAUAACGCACACUUCACUGACUAGAAACGAGCAUGAACUAGUGUUGAACCCCA